UCGCUCUUUGCCCUCUCCUUGGUGGAUGGCGCCCCCUGCUGUUCACCGUGUGUGUCUGUUUGCAGAAGCCACAGGAAGCUGUCCAGCUGGUUCUUUGACGGAAAAGUUAUUCAAGUCCGCAGCAUCUCCAUUGAAGCAGAAAACUCAGGACUAAACAUGACUUUCUGACCCCCCUCCCACUUUAAGCUGUAGUGACAUUUGUAACAAUAUCAGCAUCGAAACUGAACAAUGAUUUAAAGACAAGGUAAAACAACAAUAACAACAAAAACAGGUGUGUAGGCAGUGACAUCACCGAGGCUAUUAGUUAUCUCCGUUAUCUGAUUGAAAUAAACUGCUCUCUGAUAUUAAUGCCAAGGAUCAGCGCUGGCCAGAGUUUAAACACCGGAUCAGAUACAAAUGUUUCCUGUUUUACUCAAACGUCGUGCUGUAUAGAAAUCAUGACACAGCUGCAGGAGUCUGUGUGUAUUACUGGACAGGUAGGUGUGGUUUGCUGUCUGGUGUGUAAUAACUAACCGCGUGCUUCAAUAACGUGAGUAAACAGUUGAUAAAGUUUUUUUUCAACUCCAACUCUCCUGCUUGCAUGGACGUUAUGUAUAUGCGCAUGCGCCGUGGCGCCCGUGUCCGUCAGGGCGGUGAUCUCUCUCCUGUUCUGCGUGUCUCUCUCUCUCUCUCUCUCUCUGUGGGAAAAACCCAAGUAGGAGGAGGAGGAGGACUCCUUCCUCUUCUCCGUCUUGUUCUGCUCCGGCGGCGGUGAGCGCUGAUUGGAGUAAAUGAUAAAAAGCUCCCGGUGCGCGGCGGUGAAGGCAGACAGACGCACGCGGAUGUGUCUCCGGAAGCGCAGCGGAAGCCGCCCCGCGGACCUCCUUCAAGCCCAGAUUGUGAGUCUGGAUGCUCGGGUUCGAGAGGUGAUCAACAGGAAGAUGCAGGAUCCGACGCCACACACCUUUGAAGACGCCCAGCUGCAGAUCUACACGCUGAUGCACAGGGACUCCUACCCACGAUUCCUUGCCUCCAACAUUUACAAGGCGCUGGUUCAUGGCGGCUCCAGUACGCCCUCCGAGUCCUACUCCUAAACAUCUUCAUCCAACCUGCGCCCUGCCUCCAUCCAAAUCUUUCAAGCAGUCAUCACUCCAUCCUCAGCUCUUCCCACGUACUCAUCUUCAUCGUCUCUCCACUUCAUGUUUUCUUCCUUUUAGGGUAACUCCUGCUCACUUCUUUCUUCUUUUGUAGUCACCUUCUCUUAAUAUGGAGAUAAUCAUUUUGAAAACAAGAAAAAAAAAAACCUGGAAACAGAUUUACAAUGUUUAUAAAAAUAUUUAUAUUUUUCUCGAAUUUGAAAUCUUAAUCAGGCCUUUGACGUCAGUUAGACCUUGUUAUGUGCAGGGUUAGUGCAGUGAUUAAAAACUAGCAGUUAAAUAUUAAGACAAACUCCUGGCCAACAGUUUCAGCUCAGCGAGGCUUUGAGCUCAAACAGAUGAAUUUUAAUAGCAGUGAACUUAUUGAUUUUAGGUGAUUUAUGAGUUUUAUGUCACUGAAAUCAGACUAAGCUGAUCCCUGAUCCACCCCUGCCUUCCUCCUCCUCACGGUUCACCUCUGCUUUGGUUCAUGUUUCCCACCUGCUCCUGAGGGCACCAGCGAGUGACACUGAAGUUUUACUGGGGUGAUUGUUUUUUCAGUGGGAGAAAUAUUCACAUGUGCCAUCAGCUCUUUGUGGAUUUUUACCAGCCUUGCUACUUAGCAUCUCCUUUCACAGAGCCAGCUGACUCCACCUCGCACUUCAGGAAUGAUGCGGUUCAAAGAAAAAGAUGAAUGCUGCGUCGUUCCCUUUCUCUGUUUUUGAACUGGAAACUUGACGCUUCCUGAGACUCUUCAUCUUUGGUAGUUCGCUGGAUCGAUGACUUUACUCCUGACCACAGGGGGGCGCUGCUUCCUCCAACUACUGAUUAACAAAUGACUACGUGAAUAUUUUAUAUCACAGAACUGAACGUGGAACAUUUCACCUACUUUUGUUUGCCGUGGUCUCUCCUCGUCCUGUUUUUUCCAGAAGAGGAUGACCCAAUGAGACUGAUUACACCCGACACACACACACAGAGCAAUAAAAACACUGGAGUUUAGAAAACACACACAGGAUCAGUGCUACUUUACUUACACGUUCAAUAAUCAAUACUUUCCUUCCAUUAAUGGUCAGAAAGACACAGAUUUGAGUUUCGGAGUAAACAAAGCUGCUGUGACCGCUGUGUCUUUAAAAUGAAUGGAUAAUCAGUAAUAAUGAUUAUUGUUCAUAAUUAGUCUGCAACCAAAAACUACUAUCACUGAGAGAUGAAAUGUAAAGAGUGCAAAGCUGCAGGCGGACGUUUGUGUUGUAAUAAAUGAACAUUGUGUCUGCCUCGUGUCGCAGAGACCAUAAGAAGAAGGACCUGUUAAAAAUGACACAGAGGAGGUUUUGUUUGUGUGGGUGGAAAACGCUUCACUGUUUAUGACCAAGAAUAACGCGCAGGUGAAGUUGGAAUUUUAUCUUCUUUAAGUCAGACGUACGCUGCCAUUACGUGAAUGUUUAUGGUCGCCACAUCUGUUUUCUUACAAAUUUAUAACAGGCCCUGUAAGUAUAGUAUCACACACACAGACACACACCGGGGCUGCCUACCUGGGCGUUGCUGCUGCUGACCUCUGCGACCUCUCACUUUUGACCUCAUCACUGUCUGUGGCUCCUGAUUAGCUGCAGGAGGCCACCGGGCUCAUCUGUGGUUGGUCCAUUCAGGAAGGGGGGCGGGAGGAAAUCCCAGGUGCAAAAAAGCAGCCCAUGUUGUGAGUCGGACGCUUCCUGCACUGCUUCAUGGGAACGCUGGUAGAUGGAGGCGGAGGCCACAGGUUCCAAACAGGAGAUGCCUCCCUCUUCAGCAGACCAGUCACACGAUGCAUUUCUCUUCGUAUUGUUGAUGUUAUUUAUUUUGUAUUUUGUUAAAACUGUGAUUUUAAUUGUACAAAUAUAAAGAGAAAACUGAAGAUCCAA